CUGUGAUUCUGUGAUUCAUGUGAAUUAUUACCCUCAUUUUCAGGUUAUUUCUUUCUCAUGUCAGUCCUCUGUUGGUACAAGCUUUCAGGACAGAAAUGAAGCUGAGAAAAUCAUCUAGUGAGAAAUACGUUCCUCUCAGUUACUAUGAAAUUUUGUUUGUUUCUCUGCUUGCACUUUUGAUGUGUGUUUGUGUGGGGCUGAUUGCACUUUCAUGGUUAACAAUCAAGGAGUUAAAACAAGCUCAAACUGCUGGAAAUAGCCAAGGCUACACAGGAACAUUUAAAAUAAUUUCUGGGACAUCAUUCACUCCUGCUUUGCAAGAUAAAUCAUCAGGGGACUUCAAAGUCCUUGCUUUUGAUGUUGAACACCUGAUACAAGAAAUCUUUCAAGCAAGUGAUCUGAGAAAUAAAUUUGAGAGAUGUGAAAUUUUCCAGUUCAAGAACCCUGAAGAAGGUAAUGAAAUCUUGAAGACAUCUGAAACAGGUGUUGUUGUGAUCUUCGGCCUCUAUCUUACCCAGGGAAUAACAGCUGAGAAAAUAAAGAAUGAGUUACUUUCAGUUAUCAACUCAAAUGCAACUGAUCUUUCUCAGACCUUGAAAAUUGAUGUGAACAGCAUACAAAUCACAGUUGUUGCUGAAAAUCCUGCUACUACAAUACUGCCUUUAACUUCAUCAGGUUCAGAACAACUCACAACAAGCAAGGCUGCUAUAACUUCAGUUGAGUGCUUGCCGCCUGCUGAAAUUUGUGAUGAUGGAGUAACCUGCAUUGGAAAGGAUUUAUUUUGUGAUGGAAUCUUGGACUGCCCAGAUGGUUCAGAUGAAUCUGAAAAAAGAUGUGCUGCGAUUUGUGAUGGAAAAUUCAUGCUGACUGAUUCCUCUGGGUCUUUUCACUCUAUGAAUUAUCCAAAACCAUAUAAUGCAAAUAUUGUUUGCCAGUGGAUUAUACUAGUGCCUCAAGGAUUAUCCAUUAAGGUGAACUUCACUUCUUUUGAUACAGAGGAGUUUAUGGACAAUUUAAACAUUUUUGAAGGUAUAGGACAAAACAAGACUUUAAGAGCUUCUCUCUCAGGGUCUAAUCCUGAGACAGUUCACAUUUUUUCUCAUGAGGUUACAGCCAGGUUUACAUCUGAUUAUUCUGUAAACUACAAUGGCUUUAAUGCAACAUACACUGCUUUUAAUGCAAGUGAACUAAAAAAUUUUGAGAAAGUCAGUUGCACUUUUGAAGAUGGCUUUUGUUACUGGAUACAAGAUUUAGAUGAUGAUUUAGACUGGGAAAGAUAUCAGGGCCCUACCUUUCCCUUUUUGAGUGGUCCUGAUUUUGAUCAUACAUUUGGCAAUGAGUCAGGAUUCUAUAUUUCAACACCCUCAGGACUUGGAGUUGAAGGAGGAAGAGUUCGACUUCAAAGUUUGCCUUUGAUCCCCUCAGAUCCAUCUUGUCUAAGUUUUUGGUAUUACAUGUACAGUCCUAACAUUUACCGUUUAUGCGUUAACAUAAGAAGUGAAUAUGGUCUUGAAAAGGUAAUUUUCCAGAAAGAAGGAAACUAUGGAAAAAACUGGAUUUACGGACAAGUAACUUUAAAUGAAACAUCUGAUUUUAAGGUUAUAUUUGAUGCCUUUACAAAGAUUGCUCCAAGUGAAAUUGCCUUGGAUGAUAUUAGCCUGACAGAGGGAAAGUGUAAUGAAAGCAAUUAUAUAGAGCCAACUGCACUUCCAAUUGCCACUACUACUGCUUCAGUUCCCACUGACUGUGGGGGUCCAGUUGAACUCUGGGAGCCAAACAAUACAUUCAGCUCUAAAAACUUUCCAAACAAUUAUCCUAAUCAAGCUUCUUGUGUAUGGUACUUAAAUGCUGAAAAAGGAAAAAACAUUCAACUUCAUUUUCAGGUUUUUGAUCUGGAAAAUAUUUAUGAUGUUGUUGAAGUCAGAGAUGGCAGAGGACAAGAUUCCUUACUUUUGGCUGUCUAUACAGGAAACGACCCAUUGCCUGAUGUCUUCUCUACAACAAACCAGAUGACAGUAACUCUUUUUACGGACGAGAUUGCAACAGGCAAGGGAUUUCUUGCAAACUUUACUACUGGCUACAAUCUAGGAGCUUGUGCACCUGAAGAAUAUCAGUGUCGCAGUGGAGAGUGCAUACCAUUGGAUAACCUUUGUGAUAAGCUACCUCAGUGUGAAGAUGGCUCUGAUGAAGAAAAAUGCAUGAGAUUGCUUAAUGGUUCUGCAAGCACUGAAGGACUGGUACAGGUCAGGAUCGGGAAGGUAUGGCACCUGGCAUGUGCAGCUGAUUGGAAUGAAAAGAUUUCAGACAAUGUUUGCCAGCAGCUGGGAUUAGGGAAUUCAAAUAUGUCAUCAACUGUAUUAUUCACUGGAGAUGGUCCAUUUGUCGACAUCACUGAAGUAGCGAAUCAGAGCCUAAUAUUUACAAAAAAAGAACUUUGUUUAAACAACCUGGUGAUUCAUCUGCAGUGUAAUAUUAAACCUUGUGGAAAACGCCUGGAAAUUGAGCACAAAGGAACAAGGAUUGUAGGUGGAAGUGAUGCCAGAAGAGAGGCUUGGCCUUGGAUUGUCUCACUCCGUUUUAAUUCCAGACCCGUUUGUGGAGCCUCCCUUGUCAAUGAGGAAUGGCUGGUGACAGCGGCACACUGUGUAUAUGGGAGGCAAUUACAACCAUCUACAUGGAAAGCAGUUCUUGGCUUAUAUGACCAGUCAAAUAUGACAGACACUUUAACGGUAGUUCAAAACAUUGAUCAAAUAGUUAUAAAUCCUCACUAUAACAAACUUACAAAAGACAGUGAUAUUGCUCUGAUGCAUCUUCAGAACAAAGUUCAAUAUACAGAUUACAUACAACCUAUCUGCUUACCGCAUGAAAAUCAACAGUUUCUACCAGGAAUUAACUGUUCCAUUGCUGGCUGGGGUGCUAUUAGAUAUGAAGGUCCCACUUCAAAUAUACUGCAAGAAGCAGAGGUCCCUCUCAUUUUAAAUGAAAAAUGCCAGGAAUGGUUGCCAGAAUAUACUAUUACUGAGAAUAUGAUCUGUGCAGGCUAUGACAUGGGAGGUGUAGAUUCCUGUCAGGGAGAUUCAGGAGGCCCUCUGAUGUCUGAAGAUGGUAAUCAAUGGGUUUUGGUAGGUGUGACAUCAUUUGGCUAUAAGUGUGCAGUUGCCCAACGACCAGGAGUGUACGUUCGGGUCGCUAUGUUUGUGGACUGGAUCCAAAAAAUCAUCUACUACCCUGAUUUUCCUUAACAAAGAAAUAGAAGUUAAAGACUGCAAUUAAGCCAUUGCAGAGCAAUACAGUACAGACUGGCAUUCAAUACUCAUAAUUAGGGAAUCUAAAAAAAAAGUAAUGAUUCAAAUUGCAGUCUGGUUUCAAAUUUAGGAAAGGAAAACAUUGACAAAUAAAAAUUCCUUUCCUUAUCAAUUGAGAGGAAUAUUUCAAAUGAGAUAGAUUCUAUGCUUUUGUUAAUAGUUUUAGCAGUUUACUGUUCGCUUUAUGUAAGAGGUAAAUCAGUCAUCAGUCCAUGGUAUGGGAAAACAGUCUAUAUGAACAUCACUGUAUUAAAUGUGUAGUUAGGGUUUUCUAAAGUGUGGCAAGGAGGAAGGAAAGAAGAAGGGCAGAAAGAAGGAAAGAAGAAGGAGAGGGAGGGAGGAAGGAUUUUUAAAGCCACAGAUGCUUUAUGAAAAAUGGUCUAAAUUGUUAAUUUGGGGAUAAAUUGUCAGAAAAAUUGUGAAUUUCAGGAUAAAUGUGAAUUAUUUUUAUGAUUUUACAGUACAUUUCCCAAUGUGCAUUUUCAUUUCAAUGCACAGUCAAUUCUUCUCAGUAAUUGCCACAUAUCAAAAUGAAGGUAUAUGUUAUCUGAAACUGGGCUCAUGAGAGUUCUCCUAUCUUGCCUUUACAAAAAGCUCUAAAAUGAAGUUUGUAGAUUGUGAAUAAUGGUUGAUCAUGUAUCAUGCUGCUUUAUAACAAGCAAACUGAAUGGAUCAUAAAAAUUAUCUCUGGUGUAA